UCCACCUGAAGGUGCUGAGAGUCAUUCAGUGCGUUCACCAGUGAUCUGAGCAGACACCAGGAUGCUGAGACUCUUCCUAACUGUGUCUGUCCUCUUCUGGCAGCAACUUGCUGCACAGGACGAGGUGGACAACUUCUGUUAUGAAAAUGACUGCAUUGAGCCUGUAGAAGUCAUUGUGGCCAAGAAUUAUGAAGAGAAAAAAUUCCUACAUCCCCAAGGUGUUGAAACAGUGGUUCGUGGAAUGCAUAUGAAUCGUGCAAUAGAGACCGGCCUGGAGAGACUUUUCAAUUAUUCACAUUUCUCUAAUGCUGCAGGUACAAUUGUUCCCAUCUCUGCACCUUGGGUAGUCUCUGGAUCCAUGGAAAAUGGCACAAUGGAACAGACAUUCAUUAUAUCUGUUUUGAUAGUUGCUGAAGUCAUCACUCCACCAGAACCAACAGAUCAAACAGUUCAACUAGGGAGUCGACCUUCUGAAUGGUACUAUGUCAGGGCUUUUGACCAGAAAAUUGAUGGGCAACAAUAUGAAAAAGCUGUGACUGAAUUCCGGCAGGACUUGGAACAAGACAAUCAACACUUUGAUCCGAGAUUUAUCAUUUCUUUUUAUAGCACACAUGGGCUCAUCCAUAUGGGUUUUAGAAAGAUAGUAAAUCCUCACGGGUAGGUUUUAUUACCUCUAUAGACAUCAAACAGUGAGAUGUGCUGAACUCUAUUCUUAAACUGAUUGAACCUUCCACUAAUUACACAUUGGGUUUAUUCUGCAAUACUGUGCAAAGUUCUGGUCUCCUUUCCUAAGGAAGGAUAUAUUCACCUUAGAGGGAACACAAUGACUGUUCAUUGGACAGAUUACAUAUUUGUGCUGGUAUUGGGGUUUUGAACAAUUCCACCAAUGACACAUUCAGCACUGAGACCCUGCUUAGAAUAUUGCCCUCUACUGACAGAUAACUCUGAAUCCCACACACACUGCUGCAUUUACUCUUCAUUCAAAAUUAUACAUACACAUUAGCAUCAACAGUGAGCCUUUCUUUCCCAUUUACAUAAACUGGUCCCUUUAGUUGGUUUGUUCAGUGAUUCCAAACAACGGCUCUUUCCAAGUGUCCAGCUCAAUGUCUCCCCACACUAUCCUGUGACAGACAGAUUAUGGUUCUCACCAGGGGCUGUACCUCCUUGUCUUUCCCAAAGUCAAAUAAAACAGAGGCUCUUCAAUCCUGCUCCACCAUUCAGUAAGAUCAUGGCUGAUCUUCUACCUCAAUUCCACCUUCCCACACUAUCCCUCGAGUGUGCAACCUGUCUAAUAAACAGGCAUUGCAGUCCCUUUAAGGAAAGUUCAUCCAACCUUAGGUAAGGAGGCCAAAACUACAGGUGUGAUGUCACCUAUAUAAUUGAAGUAAAAUUUAUUUUCUCUUUACUCUCUUUGUAAUAAAGGCUAAGAUACCAUUUGCUUUCCUAAUUGCUUGUUGGAACUGCAUAUUACUUUCCUAGACUUCAUGUGUAAAGACACCCAAGCCCCUCUGAAUAACAACAUUUUUCAGUCACUCACCCAUGCAAAAUAUUCCACUUUUAUUUCUUUCCUAUAUUUGGCUGUCUUCACACGUCCCAAAAAUGAGAUUCCAUCUGCCACGUUCUUACCCAUUCACUUAACCAACCAAAUAUGGAGAAACCACAUGGUCUUCUACCCACACGUUAACCAGACAUGAGGAUCCAGCCCUGGCAGAUCUGACUGUCCCUAUCAGACGAGUCCUGACUGCUGUUGUUGCUUUUCUUAUUGUUUAUAAUUAGGUUCCUCCUUCAAUUCCAAAUUAAUUGGGACCCACUUCUCCAAUGGGGGUUGGCUCCCUGCCUGCUGGAGAUUGGGUCAGACCCGCCCGCAUGACAGGCAAAAUAUUCAGCCCCUUGAGUUCAUUUACAACAUUCCAAUUACCCCUGCUGAGAGUGAUCUCCAACAAUCUCCUUUACAAUGCAUAGAAGGGAGAGCCAGCAGAGCCGGCAACUUCAACCAUGUUCCACAGAUCAGUGAGUGCAACACUGGACACUAACAUGAACAUUCAAUAAAGAGUGGACCAAAAAACACAAUAUUAGCUCUUCCACAAUAAAGAUAUGUCCCAAACUCUUCUGUAACCAUCAGUGUUUGCCCACUGUGAGCUAUGCCAGGACAUUGAGUUUUCUGAUUAAAUUAGCCUCAACAAAUAACAAUGAUGGCGACAUCAAUUAAGAGAAACCAAUGUAAUGUGAAAUACUUACAAGUGAAGUUUAAAUUUGAAAAACACGUAGUCCAUCUUUCUGCUCUCAAUAAGUCUCCUGUUAGCAGCAAUAGAGUUGGGCAGGAAAGUUGUGGUCAUGAUGAAGAUCCUCCCUGUUUGUCCAGGAGACUCUUUUAUAACCUGCCUGUACCUGCUGCAUUGUCAGCUGACAACAGUAUUCACCGCUGAAAAGCUUCCCCGCAGCAUGAUCACACACAUCUCCCAUGCACAACAUUUUCAUUAGAAUCAUGAGGAAAUUGAAGUGGAAGAUUUGACGACUCUGGUUUGAAGCAGCUUAAAACUGAGAAAGAAUCCCAAUCUAAAAUUAGAAUCCAGAGACUGAACAUGGAAUAAAGUUCAGAUUCCCAUCUCCCCACACCCACACUGGGAGCUCACAUUCGGAACAUUGACAGACUGAACCUGUGACAGAGAACAUGAUCUAUUCAGAUAUUACCCCUGUUAACAGGUGACCCAUUCACAGGCUUCUCACAUGGAGUAAAUUAGCCAUUGUCUUCUUGCCUUUGUUUGUCUUUUAUUUUUCAAACUGCUGGGAAUGUAUUCUCACUGUGAAAUAAAGAGGGUGAUGCAUUUCAA